AAUUUAUUUAUGCGUCAUGCCGGUGCCAUUCAUGAGUUCGAAACGUUCGUAACUCCGGCGUCUUGCGCUUGAUCACUUGCGAUGAGUUCUGCCAACGAGUAACAUACCGGUAUACCGUCGUUACUUCUGUGACCAUCAUCAAUUCCGCAUCCGGCACAUGGCAGGGAAUCGCUUAGCCUUACUGCCCUUAGCCUAAGAAAGUACGAUAAAACCUAGCGCAGCUACGUAGAUCUACUUGGCGUCUGAUUCCCUACCCUAGGCUAGAACCAGGGCCGUGGAGUCUCGUAGCAGUCAAGUGGAACGCGGCGUUUGAGAACGACACCGGUGAUUACUAGCAGUAGCCUUUCUUGACGUGUAGUUGUAGCGUACAUCAAGCAAUCAUCUGUGCGAUGGAUUUAAAUUGGCGCCGUGGAGUGCACUCUCUGCUCCGGAGACCAGGAGAAGAUGAAGACGAGGUCGCCCAUAUGGCCAUGUACGCAACGCAUGAAAACAGGCCCGAUGUCGAUGACUCGCACGGGGUCAGUGAUGGCGGCGAUGACAAGCCAGAUGAAGGGCUAGCGCAUGGUGAGCCGAUUCACAACUCAUUUUUCCAGUUGAAAAUAGUGAAUAUUCUUCCAAAACCGGCUACACCAAGAACGACACCAGAAUCGACGGCCGCAAUAACGGAAACAUCCAGUGCGUCCGAAGUUGCGGCGGGUACUGUCCAGAAUGAAACCGUUUCCGCGGUUGACUCCAGAGAAGGUGAGCCGAGUGCGGACGCGGAAGAAGACAAUGGCGUGGAGCUUGGAGCGAGGGUGUUUCGAGCAAUGUCCAAGGAUAAGUUUUACGUAGGGCCGUGGGGCAUCACCAUUGGAUCUAGCAAGGGUUGUGCUCUUUGUCUGCCAGAGCUAACUCUGGUCCAGCCUGAACAUGCCCACAUCGAGUGGAGGUCUGAUAAUCCCAGCUCAGCAAGUAUGUUGUCUCCGGCUGACGGCGGCCGGGCUCGGUUGACUUUGCAGGAUCUUAGCGGUGGAGGACGCUUUUGGCUAAGCUGCCAGCCUGGAUGUUCUGUAAUACUGCAUGGAAGUGAUGAAGGGGAUGAAGAACAACGAUCAGAAUUGCUAAGUGAGCCUGUUAAGCUAUGCUGGGGGGCCAAGUUCAGUGUGGGACGAGUACAGUUUCAAGUCAUUCCUUUGACACCGCCUGAACUGGCCAGGAAGCGUCUGUUUGCUGCCGUGCGUAACAACGACGCGACUGUCUUGUCGGCGGUGCUUGAUGCAGCCAAGGAGCACAGUGGUCUUGAUGGUGCAGGUGAUCCGUGUCUAUUGCUGCGACAAACAUCCACCGAGCUCACGAGGGGUCUUGACCUGGACAUCACGGACCAGCAGCCAUGUCCGUCAUUCGAGGAAGAGACCAGUGAGCGCCUACAGCGGCGUAUGAGAUCGCCGUUUGCGAUAGGCACACGGCGAGAGAGGUGGCGAGAGUUCCUGCAGCGUCAUGCCCAGACAAGGCAUGAAAGGCUGUAUCUGAGGUCUCGAGCGUUCCAGACGGUUGGACUGCUACACGUGGCCGUAGCGCAAUCAAACGUGGACAUGGUCUCUCUUCUGCUGGCGGAGGGGGCACAGGCGAAUGACGGAGACAAUUCGUCCCAGGAAUCACCCCUAAUGAUGGCGGUGAAGCAUGACAAUAUGGAAAUUGCAAGACUACUGUUGGAGCAUGGAGCGAGGGUGGAGAUCACGGACAGGAACGCACACCUGCUGUUUCAAGGUGCCGCGUCGCACAAGAUGAGGCAGCUGCUUCUAAACGUGCCUCUGCUAUGCUCUUCUGCCGAAGUCGGUGAUGUAGACGAGGUCCGCCGACUUCUGGCCUGCAACACGCCGCCCAAUGGCAUUGGACUCAGAAAUAAGAACUCACUGCACUUUGCGUCCAUGUCGGGUCAUGCAGAAGUCGUAAAGUUACUACUCCAUGCUGGUGCCAGUGUUGACACGCAGGGUGGGUCAAAGCAACGGACUGCCUUGCACUAUGCUGCCCUUUCCGGCUGCGUUGAGGUUGCUCAGUGCCUGCUCAAAGCUGGUGCCAAAGAGGACACCCAAGAUAAGCUUGGUUUCACUGCGUUGAACCUUACUGACAACUCGGAGAUGUGCAACUUGCUGAAGAACACGCAAUCACCAUCAUUGUGCAUUGCAGCCCAGGGUGGCGACAUCGCCAUGGCACGGCAACUCCUGGAAGACGACAGUCUCCGUAGCGACGAGAAGCAGGACUUGGUGAACCAGCGCAAUGAGCAACGCCACGCUGCCAUCCAUCUGGCCUGUGUUGCCGGUAACAUUGAGUUCCUACAGCUGCUGUUGCAGCAUCGUGUCGACGUGAACAUGCCUGGCGGUUCCGGCGAGUGGACACCUCUGAUGUUUGCCAGCGCCGCAGGUAAAGCCGCCACGGUGGAGUAUUUGCUGUCCGUUGGAGCUGACCGGACGAUUUGUUCCUCGUCAUCCAGCACUGCUCAAGGUCUCGUCGAGGAGACGCUUAAGAAUCUGCAGACGGAGGAGAAAGCGUAUGACAAGCCGACAUCUGGGAGGUCAGCAGCAACGUCCUCGUCCCAAGUUGGUACUUCAACCAGCACGGCGCUCUCAGCUCCACUCAUGACACGCCAGGUGAGUCACCCACCUCAGGAUGAGCAUCGCCAGUGGCUUACCCAGCGUCGUGCACAUCUCCAAGCCACUCUGGAAGUUCUGCGCAGUGGGCCACAGCAGCUGCAACAAGCCCUAGAUCAGAACGACUUGGAAGCUGCAAGAGCUCUACUUGAGGGUAAAGCAGUGACAGCACAGUGCGUGUUCGACAAGCCUGUGAAGGCGCCUGCUCUCUAUCACGCAUGCUCUAAGAAGGGUCUCGAAGAGUUUGCAGCCCUGCUGCUGGAUCACGGAGCAAGUCUGACAGCUGCGGGUGAGGAUGACCUAAUGCCCGCACAUGUAGCUGCUAUGCAAGGCCACGUUGAAACUGUGCGGACGCUACUGGACAGAGGCCAGAGCAUGGAUGCCAGAGAAUCAACGGGUGGUAACACGUUACUGCACGCCGCCGCUAUGUUUAGCCAUUCUACCGUUGUUCGACUACUCCUGGACAGUGGAGCUGACAGGACGUGUGUCAACACCGAGGGGAAGACGCCGUUUGCAGUUGCCAAGUGCUCCACAGUGAUGCGGCAACUCGCUGUAGGCGUACAGCGUGUGGUUGUGGAGGCGCGCGCUGGUAAUGUUUCCGCCGUUCGCAGUCUUCUCGAAACCAGGGACACCGUACUCCUAGAGGGUCUGUUCAAGCUGAGAGGGGAUGAGACGCCGGAUGCCAAUCCGCUGCACGACGCCGUCCGAAUGAACCACCUGCCAGUAGUGGAGGUGUUGGUAGACUCAGUCUGCAACAUUAAUGCCACGGCUGGCAAACGGCGUGAGACUGCACUACACGUGGCGUCACGCAAAGGCUUCCUAGACAUAGCGCGCUAUCUGACGGAUCACGGUGCUCGUGUCAACGUGAAGAACAGCAGCAGCCGGACUCCGUAUGAGGUCGCCGAUAGCAACGCCAUGAGGAAGUUGCUUGUGCAGGAGCAGCGUGCGAUCAAGAUCCAGCCGGCAGAGGACAUGAGCGACGGCAUUCCUGAUGACAAAAGGUGUCGUGUUUGCAUGGACCGGCCUGUCAACACCCUCAUUCUUCCCUGCGGCCAUCAGGCGUUCUGCAGUGACUGCGCUGGCCAACUCGAGGUGUGUGCGUUAGACCGGCAGCCAAUCAACGAGAUCGUCAAAAUAUUCUGCUAGCAACCACCCCUCCCCCAAAAAGCUGUAGUGGCCCGAAAUCGAUUCCAACCUUGAAAACUACAACGAAGAUUGGUUCUGAACCAGCUCCAUGACCUGUUGAGCCCCUGGGAUAGACAUAGGGCGCAGCGCUGUAUUUAUUUAUAUUAAUUUAAAACACGAGUCACAGAGUAUCACGCGUCUGGAUUGUCGUAACCAAUAGUUUCAUGCCAGAUGGCAAUCUUCAGAAAACUGCUCGUGUGUUACUGCUCUGCUGCCGCAUUGAGCACUCUAUCGAACCGGAGGACUCCGCUCUCUAUUAGUUAAAAAAAGCCUUAACCGGCCACCGCUCCGCAGUGGCCAAGUUUGUCUCUACUUCUGAUUUUUUUAAAUAUAGGAAUUUUUUUAUUUUAUUUCUUCUCAUAGUCCCUGGAUACUACAAGUACUCAGUCUAGUUUAUGCGUAUGCUGUAUGUACAUGUAGGUAUGAUGGCAUAGAACUAACACUUGUACGCGAAGCACAGAAGCCACUGGAGUUUCCGGGAAGUUGUUGAACUGUUCUCCUCCAGCAAAAACUAAGCCUGUGAGCAAACAUCAUCUACUUGUAUUUGCAUGCGCUUUUUCUCAUCCAGGCAGACUUUUCACAUUUUCUUCUUCAUGCAAUGUAGAAUGCUGAGCAGCCCUUCUAACUUUUUUAAAAAGGCCUCUGUCACUGAACCGUGAGAAAUUCA